CGGGGGGCGGGGCAGGGCUAGCCGGGGAGUGACGCGGAUUGGUCCGGUGCCGGGGCUUCGCAGAGCCGAGCGCGUCCGGGAGCCGGCCGCCUCAGGGAUGGACGAAACUAGCCCCCUGGUGUCCCCGGAGCGGGCCCACCCCCCGGACUACACGUUCCCAUCGGGCCCGGGCCCGGGCGCUCACUUCCCUCAGGUGCCCGGGGCCGUGGUGCGGGUGGUGCCGCCGUCCGGCCUGGGGCCGUCGCCGCCGGGCUCCCCGUGCCGGGACCGGGAGCGGCAGCCGCUGCUGGAGCGGGGCCCGGGCGGGGCGCGGGGCGCCGCGGUCCAGGCGCAGGCCCAGGCCGUGGCGGCCCAGGCUCAGGCCCUGGCGGCCCAGGCCCACGCGGCGGCGCAGGCGGCGCAGGCCCAGCGGGAGCGGAACGAGUUCCCGGACGACCCCGAGUUCGGCGAAGUGGUGCGGCUGGCGGAGCUGGCGAGCGAGCGCGGCAUCUACCCCGAGCGCAUCUACCAGGGAUCCAGCGGCAGCUACUUCGUCAAGGACCCCCAGGGGAAAAUCAUUGGUGUCUUCAAACCUAAGAAUGAAGAGCCAUAUGGGCAUCUUAACCCCAAGUGGACCAAAUGGCUGCAGAAACUGUGCUGCCCCUGCUGCUUUGGCCGUGAUUGUCUUGUCCUCAAUCAGGGUUAUCUCUCAGAGGCAGGGGCCAGUUUGGUGGACCAAAAACUGGAACUCAAUAUUGUACCCCGUACUAAGGUAGUAUAUCUGGCUAGUGAGACCUUCAACUACAGUGCCAUUGACCGAGUGAAGUCCAGGGGGAAGCGACUCGCCCUAGAAAAAGUGCCAAAAGUUGGACAGCGGUUCAACCGAAUCGGGCUCCCACCCAAGGUUGGUUCGUUCCAGCUCUUUGUUGAAGGCUACAAGGAUGCUGACUAUUGGCUGCGACGAUUUGAGGCAGACUCACUGCCUGAGAACACGAAUCGGCAGCUGCUGCUUCAGUUUGAGCGGUUGGUGGUACUAGAUUACAUCAUCCGAAACACUGAUAGAGGCAAUGACAAUUGGCUGAUCAAAUAUGAUUGUCCGAUGGAUAAUUCCAGCUACCGGGACACAGACUGGGUAGUGGUGAAGGAGCCUGUUAUCAAACUGGCUGCCAUAGACAAUGGGCUGGCUUUCCCUCUGAAGCAUCCUGACUCCUGGAGGGCGUAUCCUUUUUAUUGGGCUUGGCUGCCCCAAGCCAAAAUUCCAUUUUCCCAGGAAAUCAAAGACCUGAUCCUUCCAAAGAUAUCUGAUCCUAAUUUUAUCAAGGACCUGGAAGAGGACCUGUAUGAGCUCUUCAAGAAAGAUCCCGGUUUUGACAGGGGCCAGUUUCACAAGCAGAUUGCUGUCAUGCGGGGACAGAUCUUGAAUCUAACUCAGGCCCUGAAAGACAAUAAGAGCCCCCUUCAUCUAGUCCAGAUGCCACCUGUGAUUGUGGAGACAGCCCGGUCCCACCAACGGAGCUCCAGCGAGUCUUACACACAGAGCUUUCAAAGCCGGAAGCCAUUUUUCUCCUGGUGGUAGCCCUGCGGACGAAUGAGAUGCUGUGUCAGACUUGGGGACUGGGAGGGAGCCUGGGGAGCAGCUUUUGAGAUAAGCCAGCGAAGCAGGUGAAAUCAUAUACUUAAGAGCCCUCCCCCUCUGGUAGAGCCAAAGAGCUUUGCAAAAUAUGGGGAGAACCACCACCAGACAUACUGGGGCAGUCUUAGUCCCUGGUGUUGCCUUUUACAUUCUGGGUAAGGUCAGAAUUCUGCAGGGGAACGGUCGGGGUACUAGGGAAGGAGCACCUCAUCUAACUUCACCCAGCUGUGGGUUUUGAAAUGCAUCAUCCCAGAUACUCUUCUCUGUUGCAGUUCCCUAUCACUUACUAUAUUCUGCAUCAGAAAACAAAAACAAAAACAAAACUCCAAAACUUUAGCCACAAUAUCCUGACAGAACAUUAUCUCUCAAAAACAUACACAACAUUUUAUAUCAGUUCAGAAAUAACUUUGGAUGAUUCAGAGCCUAUGUGCCCUUUGUAUUCUUGUCCUAAGGACUGUGGAGGUGAGAGGUUGUGUCACAAUGCAUCAAACUAGAUAAUAUUUCUGAGACUGUGAGCUGAAAAGUUUUGACGCUGUCUUUUCCUGCCCACUAGAAAGUCCCUUCUUUUCCUUUUUCACCUUACCAGUGGCAAAUAGUCUGCCUCACAGUCUACUGGCAUGUUUGUGUUUUUAUUUUUAUGAAGUCCAUUUUAACUUUAGGCUCUUAGGCAGCUUUGUCUAAGCCCACAUGGACCCUACUGGCUCUUAGCCCUGCAGUGGACCUGACCCCUCUAGCUCAGGCCUGUUAGGCAACUGUGUCUCAAGCAGAGGCAGGAGUCGAUAGACUUGUCGUUAUGAAAUGGAGCCACCUUCCCAGCAUUUAGCUCCUCAUAUGGCCUGAUGUGUUCAUUGGGAGUCCUAGUGGACUUGUCUUUACGACUGCUUAAACUUAGUGGACCUUGCUUUAUUUGGUCUGGCAUCCUUCCCCAUAUUUCUAUCUCAGCCCUAACUUUCGUGAAUGUUUGGCCCUAGCAACUAAAGUAAACUUCCUUUCCCUCACCAAGCUUGAAUCUCAGCUCCCUGAUGUGUUCUUAGGCUUUUUAAUUCUUUCCCAGCUCUUUUCUCAGAAGAGUAGGCUCGUCCUUGAGAAAGCUUCUUAUUCUGCCAUUUGCUUCAACCUGCCUACAUUUCAUGCCUAGCCUUGGCUCUUAGGGUAAGGAUUUAAGUUCCUCCUUUUACUGGCUAUUAGUGCCUCAUCCACUCCACUAUCCUGUUCCUAUUGUCCUUUCCUGGGGAAGAAGGUAUAAGAGAUUCAAGAAAAAAAUUAGGAUUUUAUUUUAAUCCUUCAUUGUUUUCAUUGUAUAACAAUGCUUUUCAGAGUGGAACAGCAGGAAGUAAGUGAUGGUCAUUUUUUGUUGUUGUUGUUCCAUCUCUUUCCUUCUGUUAGACAGUUUUGCCUUUUUUUUUUUUAAGAAAGCAAACCCCAAAGGAAGGAGUUCUUCACUGCCUCCCCCAGUGGUCUGCCUUCAGUGACCAUUCCUCAACAGCUGUCCUUGCCCAGACCUUGGAUUCCUUUCCAUGCAGUUCUUUGAUGGUACUGUGGAAUACAGCAUAUUCCUUACAGCGAUUGACUUCUUUUUGUAAGGAUGGCAUAUCAUACUCUACAACUAUGUGGGUUUCAGCACCCUCCCUGUCACAAACAGCAGAAUUAACCUUGCAAAGAAAUUAUCUUGAUGGUUUGUCCAGUAACCAAAGAAGGUAGUGCUCUCAAAGCUUGUCCAGUUUCUUCUUCUUCAGCGGCAAGGAUAAGAAGAACCAACCGCCAUAGGAUUUUUAUUCUCUAUUAGGAAGAGUACAUAAGUUCAUCUGCAUGGCCCCAAGGACAGGGACAACCUAGCUCUCUAGCACUGACAAUCCCAAUCAGCAAUCCUGUCCUGAUUCUCAGGCUGGGUGACAUGCAUUUGAAAAUAAGUGACCUAUACUGCAAAGGUGGGUGAUUCCCAUAGAGACUAGAGGUUUCUAUUGCUGAUUUGCCCAAUUCUGUGGAAACUAGAACCGAGCUCCAAACUCUGCAGCUAAAAAGGCCUUUUGGAGGAAAAUGAUUUUUGCUUAUGAUGUGUAUAUUUUAUUAUAGAUACACAUGCAUAUGUCAAGUUCCCUCUCUACCCAUUCCCCCAGGAGGAUGGAGAGAACCCUUGAAGAUUUAAGAUGGGGAUGGCUAAAUCCUUAAAUUGUUUUUCCUGUUUAAGAUGAGAAGAGGAUGAGAAGAAAAUUGAGACAGGGGAGGAAGUUAGUUCCUGUUCCCUGGAAGUGAUUAGAAUGUAGGAUCUCUUCCCAGCUCCUAGAAAUUUAAAUCUGAAUGGGCUGGAAGAAACCAGAGAUCCUGCAGGAGUCUUCUGAAUAGAAUGGUACAAACUGAUUCUCUUGCUGGCAGGGGGCGUCCCCCAAGCAAUGAAGAGAAAAGAAUUGGAGUCCUGGUUACCGUGAUUGCUGCUGCCCCCAUGUAUUGUUCUAAUGCACUGUAGAAACUGUAUGUAAUGUAUUUAUAACAAUGCAGAUGUACAAAUAACAUGAAUUCAGUUCCA